UCAACACGAGAAGGACAUGACUUCUCUUGAUUCAAAAUUUUCAUUAAAUUAAUAAAAUAGUUAAACAUUAUAUCAACAUAUAAAUACAUUCAAAAAUCACCUCAUUUAUUGUGGAUAAAUAAAAUAGUAAAUAGUUUAAUUAAAUGUGAUGUUGUUUAAAUAAGUUUUAAACCCGCUCGAAGAAAUAAAAUCUUCGCGCGGGUCUUCAAGAAUAAAAAACAAAAAUUCGUGUUAAAUUUUUUUUGAAAAUUUGUGGUUAAAUUAAUUUUAAAAAAAGCAAAUAAUCAUGGCAUUAUUAUCGAAUAAUCAUGGAAUGUAUCAAUCACAAUCGGUGGAUCAUCUUUCGUCGGUUUAUCCAACACCAUCAAGAUCAUAUGAUCCAGUCUAUCCGUCACCUUACAAUUCACCAGAUUACGAAAAUAAUAUACCGAGUAAUUAUCGUGAUGAACGUUAUAGAAGUGAAAUAAUUUCAACACCACAAAGAGACAUGGGAAGCAUUGAGUAUGAUAAAACACCCGAAGCAUAUGAAAAAGAACCGUAUGGUGUAUUGACACCAUUGACACCACAAAGAUUUACAUCACAUGGAUCAUUGGAGCCAACAGCAUCACCACAAUCAAUUAUGUAUGAAGAAAAUUCAAUGGAAUAUCAAACACCAGUGUACUGUUAUGAAACACCACCACAAGAAACAGGAUAUUCAAUUGAAGGUGAUAAAUGUCAACGUAUCGUUGAGGAUAAUAUGAAUUAUUGGGAACCAACAACAUCAACACAGACGCGACAAUCACCAACAUCAAGUCCACGACGUGGAAGACGAAAAUCAAAAGAUGUACCACCUUCACCAGGUAUUUUAAAAAAACGUAGAUUAGCAGCAAAUGCACGUGAAAGAAGACGAAUGAAUGGAUUGAAUGAUGCAUUUGAUAAAUUACGUGAAGUUGUACCAAGUCUUGGUGCUGAUCAUAAACUAAGUAAAUUUGAAACUUUACAAAUGGCACAAACUUAUAUUUCUGCUUUGUAUGAUCUUCUUGAACAACAUGAUAGUAAAAAUUAAUUUAGAAUUUUUUAUUUUUUUUUUUUUGCA